CUACGGAAAGUAUAUGUUAUUCCCCUUCCAUGUGUAUAAGUUCUAUGGCUGGCCCUAACAAACUGAGGUUAGAUAAUUGCAAAUGGCGUCCAGCCAUAAGAAUCUAUUCCGUUCAGCGGACUCCCUCUCAAUUAGGGGACAGAACUAGGACCACUUUUGUUUCCCGGAGUUCGGCCUCCUUAUCUCUUACUUCGUGCUGAUGAAGCCUGUCGGUGACUGACGGUGUUGCGUAAUUUUAAUUCCCGAUUUUUAUUUUAAAUCGCAGUCUGUCAACUAAUUCUUAAUAAAAGAAAGAAAUAUUCUCAAAAUAAAUUGAAAUAUCACUAUGAGAAAUCGUUUGUAAAUAAAGCAUAUAGCUUAGGUUUUAAUUUACCCAUGAAAUGACACUAGUUUGUGAUUUUGUAAUGUCAAAGUUAUAAACUAUAUUAAAAUAAAACAUGUUUUUUAUAUAUAAAACAUAAAUACAUAUAUUUUAUGUUGGUAUGCGAUCUCGUAAUUUUAGGUUUAAGUCUAGUGGCGAAAGUGUUGCCGCGAAGUUAGGUUAUUUGCCUGUCUAUGUUAUUUUAUAGUUCGUGAUCGUGGUUUGUGAAUCCCCGCGCGUUGCGUUUUAUGUUAGUCGUUCCUUUUUACUCAAACCGUACGUAUCACAUUAUACGAUACUAAAGGAACAUUGUCUACGAUUAUUUAAAUACCUCACAAUAGGCACCCAGCAUUAUUGAGAGCAUGAUUUCUUUAAGAAGACUUUUUGUAGACCUCAUUAACAUCUUCUAAAAACGAUAUCAAUAAGUUAUCUUUUCAUAAGAUGUCUUUCAAAAAAACUCUUUAUGAUAUCUUCCGUGCAAUCGUGCCUCGCGCGGUUAUUUGCGACCAUUUACUUUUAUAUGGCGAAAGGUAUAGCGCUACAUUGCACGCAGAAAUAUUUAUAAAAUACAAAGAAUUACUAUAUAUAGAGAGAGAAUUACUCUUAAAGAGAGAAAGAACUUUGGCGCUAUUUUUCGGUCUCACUCGGCUUUUAUUUUUUCCUAUAAUUUGUUAAUAAAGUUCACUGAGUGGAACAUAACCUGACUAGAAGAGACUAGGAAGAGAGGUAACAAGAAGGAAACAAGAGAAGCUUGUCGAAAUGACAUGAACAAAAUUACACGAUUAUUGGUUACAAUCCAACAAUUGUUGUUAGAUGUCCAUCCCCAUUCUUCACAAGAGAAUGCAAUAAAUUUCAAUUUACCGAUUAGAACGCAUGAAGCACUAGAGGAAUUUAAUAAAUUGUUAACACAAGACUCGGUAUCUUUAUUGCAAUAUAAAAAAUUAAUUAGAACUACAGGAGGAAAAUAUCCAGAACAACAUGUAAGAAAUGUAUUAAAACUUACUCUAACUGAUCAACUAGCUUACAAACUCUCAUGGACAGGACAAAAAAAUAUCAUACAAACGAGAGGCAUGAAAUUUGUUGAUGUCAUUAUCGAAGUCAUUAUCAGUGGUAGUGGAAACAGUAUUUCUUUCCAUUCUAUCCAAACAGUUAUUAAAAUCUGGCUACAGCAUGCUGGAGAUCGGAUCAAUCAAAAUACCAAACGACAUGAAUUGAAGAAAUGAAAUGUUUAGAAAAAUAGUGGAGAAAAAGUAUAAAAUCAAACACC